CACAGGCCAUAGAAAUGAUUAAGAAAUGUGUGUCCCUGAACUCUUUGAAAAAAAAUCCUAAAGCUUACCUCCUUUCCUGUCCUAAUGAAUAAUAGAUUGUGUAUACAGAAAUUUUAAGUUCCUGGUGUUUCGUUAUGUGUAUGAAUUUUCCUCUAUGAUUGCAAUGGUAUGCACCUUGUUUCUUUUUGUUUAUUUUGUAUAAAACUGUAUUCUAUACAUAACGAUAGUAUGUGAUGUUCUUGUUUCCAUGGCUGUAUGCUCCAAGUAUGUGCAUUCGGGUGCUGGGUUCUCAUCGGGCAGAUCACAUCUGCCUUUUGCCCUAGCAUCCGAGACUUCGUUGUCUGAAAUAAAGAACUGAAAUGAAAUAUCAGCUACUAUCAUUUCCUCUCUAACCCACACUGCUAUAUUCCUGUCUCUUAACACUUUUCGUUCCGUCACUCGUUGUGCAGUCUUUAACUUCUCCUCAAGCUUCUUUGGUACCCUCAAGUUUCUGCCUCAUAUCAGUACCAGUAGAAUUCAAUGUUUAUAUACAGUAUACAGGGUGUCCCAGCUAACAUUAGCCAGAGUUUAAAAAUAUGUCGAUGCUCUAUAAGAUGAUGUGACCAAAUGCUUGUUGCUGACUAUUGUAUAGGGUAAGUAACACUAUUUUUUUGUUUAAGAGGACGUCUUGUUGGGCGAGUUGGUCACAAUUUAUUGUGGGUAGUAGGCGCGAACACACACAAAAAACAAGAAUCUUGUGUCUCCUUCCUUGUUUCUUGUGUGUGUUCAAGCCUACUACCCAUAAUCAACUAUUUUUUGUAUCUGCUUACGUGCAUAAUUAGUCAAUAUUAAUUAACCAACUCCUGAAGCAAUGAAGUUAGGCAAGAAAUUCCAAUUAUAAAGUUGUAGAACAGUUUGCAAAACGUCUGAUUAAAGAGUUUCUAACUUUGUAUUUAUUAGGUAUUGGUGCUUCUCUACUUACUGUAUAUGUCUGCAAAAUACAAACAAAUAUACGAUAUCACAUGCCCGCUUGCACACCGUGAUUGCAGUGCUCCCAAAUAUUCUGCAUACAAACGAACAUAGCCUCUGGCAGGGUGUGCAGCUGCUUAAAACAACGUCAAGGCAGUGAUGCAGGUGUUGGCAGUAUGAUUAACGCCAGUGAUGUGUUUCCCUCGUGGUGGUACAUGAUAUUGAUAAACAGACGCAGACACAUCUGGCAGCCGUUGCUUUACUAGUUGGCCAUACUGUAAACAAUCAAGCGCCUGUAUGCAUGUGUUUUCGGAGCCUCGAAUGGCAUCUGCAUAUAUCCGAUGAUCGAGCUUCUUCCUCUGAUUAGUAUACUUUGCUCGCAAGGCUAAGCACACAACUAGCCAUUUCACCUACUGCAACCGAGUGUCAUCGAUCAACGCUGCCAUGUCAGUCAUAUUGUUUGUCUUCAAUUUAUUGGCUAUGGCUAUUAAGGUGACUAAGCUUUCUUUUGGCUUAUACAUAGUGGCCACACAUUCAGCAACAAGGAAUUUUAUAUGCCUGUUAUUUCAGUGAAGUGACGCCCCAUAUUUAUAUUAAAAUAAAUAAAUUGACUUCUCAGGUAUUAUAUACAUACCUUGUUUUACUUUUCUCACCAAUAUUUUUUUUAGAGUGACUGCCAUUGAUAUCAUGAUCGAACGACAUUAAUUUUUCCUGUGUAGCAAUACUACGGGUCGAAUGGCAUUCGUUGUGCUGAAUGUGAUUCGAAUCUAAUGAAAUUAAAAUGCCCAGUGUGACAAGGGUAUAAGCCACUUAUUAAGCUUUCAACAACAGCAGUAUGAUGACAAGACCAAACUUAUUCAAUUGUUUCAUAAUCAAUGAUGGCCUUCCAGCAGGAGAAGGCAGCAGAGAAAAUAGACUGAACACCCCUUAUUGGCUGGCCACCAAAAACAGUAGAACAUUGUUGAUAUGAUCCCUUGUCAUAUGAUUUUCCGACGCUAAUGCUUACAGUUGCAAACACACAAAAUGACCCAAACAGUUGCACUUAACGCGAUAACCCUAUUGCGAUAACACUAAUGCAAUAAGCAUCUUCAACUAUCCAUUUCACAGCACAUGUGGUGUAGCGCGGCUAGAAGCGCACUGUAUGCUUUUAAUAGGCAGUAAUACAAACGUGCUGCCAUUUCUUGCUGCAGCCGGCUUGAAAGGAGCAUCAUGUUUCGCUCUGGCAGCAUUGUAUUCUGACAUUGCCCACCAGCUCAAUUUCAUUUCAGUUUAAAACACUAUGCAAUAGGAAAACAAAAAAGCGCGUCUUGGGUCGCUCAUGUCUCACCAGCUGGAUGUCUCAUGAGGGAACAGAUUCUCACUAGGGGGCACACGAAAACUUCCUGCCAAACGCCUGCCUAUAAAAGCUGCUGACCUGAAUUCGAGUGCAAACGCAAACACGUUAAAGCCGCUAAAGCAACAACGCGAGUCUCGGGUGCCUCAGACCCCAAGAGCUCGAUGAUCGGUGCCUCGUGCUACAACAAACGUGCAACGCUUCAUGUAGAUUUCAACUGCAGUCGAAUAUGUUAAGGUUUUAGUGACUUCGGGUAGUACAACUUUUUCAUUAAUGUGUUUUUCUCAAAACAUAUGAAGAAGGUUCUACAGUAUUGAAAGUACCACCUAGAGCUUCUUUUUUAAACUAACAAUUAACAAAAAAUUCACCUGUGCAUGAUAGGACAAUUCAUCCUGAAGUUAGGUUACUCGAAGAGGCAGACAUUACUUGCAUGAGUUAUCGGAACGCAUAAUCGAAUAAAUAUGGAAGUUUCACCUAUUAGCUAUUUAACUAAUUAUUUAAUGACACAAAUUGGAAUUUACAAACAGUAUUCAGUGAGUUUGCAUGAUUUAUCCACUUCAAACAAAUUCUGAAAAUGACAUAUGGGUUUCAUGUCAGUUCUGUACCAAUUUUGUGCCAGUACUCUUUUUAUCUCUCUAACAAGGAACAGCAUGUGUAACUAACGUUGCCGUGCAUUCCCCUAAGGAAAAGCUUGGUUAAGCCAAAUUUUCAUAUAUGCAGCAGAACUUGUGAAUGUUUGGUUAGUUUCCCAUAGACCAAGUGCAAAAAAAAAGAAGCCUUUUAACCCAAACUGAUAAUUUGGUUAGGAAGAACUUUGCUACAUAUUCUACUUGACUGAGCAAAACAGUGUGAACCUGCUGACUUCCACGAGGCAGCUCUGCUCAGAUGAUUUGAAAGCAAAGACUCAUGAUAAGUGCCAAUAAACCAUGCUUAGAAAUUUCAGCCAUAUUCCGGUCGUAACAAUACAAUGGUAGGUUAGUGCGGGACCUACCUAAAAGAGACUAGCAGAUUUCACACCCCAGAUUAAAGGUCUUUAUUUCACAGAGAACCUCUCUGUUUAGUCUGCCGAAGCAAUCCAACUCUGAGCCAUCAUUGUUGCUGCCAAUUUUGUGCGGUCAUCCCUAGUGGAGUUGUCUUCCAUUUUGUUGAGCGCGUUCAACAGCACUGUCUUCUUGAACUGGUACAGUGCAACAAGGAAAGAAAGAAACAAGCCGUGCCAGCCAGAAGAAGCAACAGUGCGGCUUGUUUCUCUUCCUUUCCUUAUUGAACUGUACCAGUAUUAGAAUGCAAUGCCAACUCACCCAAUCCUCAACCCUAGUGGUCUUUUUGAAGCCGUAGAUUACAAUGUUGGGCAGUACCAUGCCCCAUGCUGGCGGGACCCAGUCAGACUGUUUCCAGAGGAGGCCUUCUUAUCCUCCCCGUGGGAGUGGGACCAUGUUCUCUGCCGGCCAUCCAAUCCACAGACAGUUUACAUACAUAGUCAUUGAGAGGCUUGUUCAAUGAGCCAUGCACUGCUGGACAGAUGUUAGGCCACCAAGAAUAACAGCCAAGCUUGCCUCAAUGUCUGACAGGUUUCCUUUCACACUGUUGACAAAAUGGCCCUUGUAGCUGGGAAACACCAACUAGGCAUACUGCUACAGUCACAGCAGAGCACCUGGUCAUCUUUUCUAGAGAAUGUCAAUCCAGUUGUGCAUUAAAGUUUCAUUCAUCCAUGGGCCCGGUGACUGUACCUUGGUGCAGUUCGCUAACCGCUUUGCUUUUGCCAUGCAGAUGGUCGUCUAUCGCAUCUACAACCUGCUGCUCCCUGUUCUGGCAUGCGCAUCCUCGAAUGCGUCGUCAGUGCAGGCUUUCCCUUGUCACGAAGACGGAGCGGCCACGUGCAAUCCUGUGCCUGGUUUCCACAUAUCGCCAUCUCCAUCUGCCUCACCGUUUGCAUGCCACCUACCGGUCCUGGAGCCAACUUGGAAAGAUUCAUCGCCAUCGACAGCCCUACCAGCUAUAAAGCAACAACCACCGUCGACGCAGCUCUGUGGGCCCGGUGACUGUACCUUGGUGCAGUUCGCUAACCGCUUUGCUUUUGCCAUGCAGAUGGUCGUCUAUCGCAUCUACAACCUGCUGCUCCCUGUUCUGGCAUGCGCAUCCUCGAAUGCGUCGUCAGUGCAGGCUUUCCCUGGUCACGAAGACGGAGCGGCCACGUGCAAUCCUGUGCCUGGUUUCCACAUAUCGCCAUCUCCAUCUGCCUCACCGUUUGCAUGCCACCUACCGGUCCUGGAGCCAACUUGGAAAGAUUCAUCGCCAUCGACAGCCCUACCAGCUAUAAAGCAACAACCACCGUCGACGCAGCUCUGUGGGCCCGGUGACUGUACCUUGGUGCAGUUCGCUAACCGCUUUGCUUUUGCCAUGCAGGUUAGUCAAACAUAUGCACUUUUUGCUAAAAAAUCAAGCAAUUAUCUUCUGGUACAGCUCCCGAGCCCACGGUGCUGCGUCGCGAUUGCCACUGAGUGCAUUUCUGUCAUCCGUCUGCUAUUAAUCAUAUCUGGUGAUGUCGAGACUAACCCUGGUCCUGCCAGCCUUGACAUUGUACUGGCCGAAUUGCAGAAACUAACCGCCGGCCAAACAACACUUGUGCAGGAGCUAAAGGGCCUGAAACUGCAGCGGACCACUACAGACAAAACAAUCAGUGACCUGAAUAAGCGCAUGACCGACUUAGAGGCCCAUUAUCAGGCUCUCAUGCCUCUACGCCAAGACAUAGAAAUACUGCAGACAACAUCAACUGAAACAACUCGCCUAGUCACAGCAUUAGAGGCCCGUUUCGACGACGCCGAAAACCGAUCUCGCCGCAAUAACCUGAUCUUCCACGGAAUUACUGACCCCACUACAAAUGAAACAUUUACUAAGUCUGAAGAAUUAAUAAUCCAGAUCUGCCGUAAUCAUUUACAAACCGACAUCAACCCUACAGAUAUAGAACGGGCACAUCGCUUAGGAAAACACACCAAAGAUCGAAAUCGUCCAAUAAUAGUAAAAUUCGCACAUUGGAAAACGAAAGACGCCCUUCUGUCAAAAGGCCGAAUGCUUAAAGGAACUAAUUAUAGUGUAGGUGAAGAUUUCUCUCGCCUGACUCAGAAAGCACGGAAGGCCCUUUUGCAUUUCGCCAAAUCUAAAUCACUUGCAUAUUCCCUACGCUAUAAAACUUUGUACAUUGGUCCUAAACGAUAUAUUUUUGAUGAAUCAUCUAACUCUGUAAAAGAAAUUGUGUAG